GGGCGGUGCUAACAGGUCAUGUGACAGCGGUCGUCAGCGUUGCGGUUGCGACCAUGUGGCUCUACAGACCCACUCUGUUGUUAGGUUUGUUCGGGAGCAGAGGAAUAGUGAGAGGCAUGUGUGCUCAGGUGGGAGACUGGCAAGGUGCCAAAUCAAUAUACGAGUUCUCUGCCAAGGAUAUUGAUGGCAAUGAGGUGUCUCUUGAGCAAUACAGAGGGUUCGUGUGCAUUAUUGUAAAUGUAGCCUCUAAAUGAGGAAAGACCAGGGUAAACUACACUCAGCUAGCGGGAAUGCACGCCUCCUAUGCUGAGAAAGGUUUACGCAUCCUGGGCUUCCCCUGCAACCAGUUUGGAGGACAGGAGCCAGGUACUGAUGCAGAGAUUAAAGAGUUUGCCAAAGGUUACAAUGCAGAGUUUGACCUCUUCAGUAAGAUAGAGGUGAAUGGAGACAACGCUCACCCUCUGUGGAAGUGGAUGAAAGCACAACCCAAAGGCAAGGGAACCCUGGGAAAUAACAUCAAAUGGAACUUCACAAAGUUUCUGAUUAAUAGAGAGGGACUAGUGGUGAAAAGAUAUGGCCCAACAGAUGAUCCCAGCGUUGUGGAGAAGGACCUGCCAACGUACCUGUAAUACUGCUGUUUCCCAUGUGUUUGACUCCUGACGUCUCCCAUGGACUUUUGGGUAUUGGUGUGUGUGUGUGUGUCUGGACCAGUGACGGCCUGUCUGUAAACCCAGCUUUGGGAAGGGCAGGCCUGAUGAUCCCCAGCGUGCAACUAACCUCCAGAACUCACCCACACCAAACCCAUGAGACCAUGUGAGAGGACAUUCAGUAGUUAUUUAAAGUAGAGGCCCUUCACAUCUUACUUCAAACUCAAAACAGUCAUUCCCUUUUCUUAUACAUUUACAAUCUAGUCCUUUCUGAAUGUUAAGUGACAAGUUUGUUCAUGUGUCAAUGUCAGCUUUAUGUUUUUAUGCAAGGACAUAAUAUGCCAUACAUUUCACAGAUCUCUGUAAAGCUACUGAUAAUAUUAUUUGCACUUAACUAGGCCUGUUAUUUUGUCUGUAACUCCUGACUAAUCAUGUUAUGACAUUGAAAUAUAAAUGCUCUCUUGGACAUCAUUUGUCAAUUUACAUGCACCUAUUAAAAUCUAAUUUGAGCCAUA